AUGUGGCCUCGCGCCUAUGCGAAGAUCAUAGAACGAGCUCGAGCUUGGGCGAAGGCGCGACGGGAUCUCACGGAGACGCGGGCAAAAAGCGUCGUCCCGAUGAGCCGAGCGGAGAUAGCGCUGCGUGCAUACAGAUCGCGCGCGAUCUUCGCGGACAAAAAACCCGAGCAUCGCAAUCGAGGAAAUGCCUCCGCCGCGAUUACCCACCUCUUGCAGCGAAUCCUACCGGCCGAUUGA